AGUAUAACUUCAAGAUAGACAUAUAUGUACCCUUCUCCCCGGCAAUAUGCCGUCCUUACCGUACCACGAACCUUCCAUCAUCCAGCUACUCACCCUAUCCACCUUCCUCCUCGCGCUCAACGCCAUCAACGCCGUCCUCGACCGCGCGCUGUACUGCGGGCUCGUGGGACAGGUCCUAAUCGGCGUGGUGUGGGGCGCGCCGGGCGGUAACUGGUUGGCGGCCGAGCUCCAACUGGCUAUCGUGCAGCUCGGGUAUAUAGGCCUGGUACUGCUUGUGUUCGAGGGGGGCGUGACAACGCGCGUCGAUGCGGUACGAAGGAACAUGGGGCUGAGCGCGGGGGUCGCGGCCACGGGGGUCGCGGCGCCGAUGGCGUUCGGGUUUGCGGUGCUGGGGGCGCUGGGGGGCGCGGAUGCGAAGAUGGGGUUUGCGGCGGGGGCGGCGCUGUGCGUGACUAGUCUUGGCACGACGUUUGCGGUCCUGGAGACGAGCGGGUUGACGGAUACUAGGGUGGGCACGGUGUUGGGGACUGCGGCGAUGAUGGAUGAUGUGUUGGGGUUGGUUCUGGCGGAGAUUGUGUCGAGUAUGGGUGGGGAGGAGAGUAUGGAUAUUGGGAAUACGGUGCUUAGGCCGGUGUUGGUCUCGCUUGCGUUUGCGGCGGCGGUGCCGGUUGUUUGUCGGUUUGUGCUGAGGCCUUUUGUUAUUCCGGUGGUGAGGAGGGCUAGAACUAGGGAUGGGGAUGGGGAUGGAGAGACGGGUCGGACGGGGUGGUGGCGAUGGGAUUUCUUGGAUUCGAAGCAGGUCGCCUUCGUGGUACAGACGGUGCUCCUAAUCGCCCUCGUCGUGGGCGCUAGUUUUGCGGGCGCGUCUGUGCUUCUUGCUGCGUAUCUUGCUGGCAUCACGAUCAGUUGGUGGGAAGAUACUCUAAGCAGCAGUGACAGCGACAGCUUAGCCGACGAGCAAAGACCAAGAAGUCACCAUGCUGCAUCUUCUCAAGAGCAGCAAAGAGCCGAACCUCAGAGAGAGGGUUCGGAGCUUUCGCAGACGUCAGAAGAACCUACGGUGCAAGCAGCCGAUAAUAGCAGCAAUGCUUCGAUUACAUCUCAGGCACCAGCUUCCAGGGAAUGCCAACAGCAAAAGCCAGAGCACAAUGCCCACGAUGCCCUUGAUAUCUACGAAACUUACUAUUCGCAAGCAGUCACUCGAAUCCUAAAGCCCUUCUUCUUCGCUUCUAUCGGCUUUUCGAUCCCUAUCUCUGAGAUGUUCUCAGGAGAAGUGAUAUGGCGCGGGGUUAUCUACGGCAUACUCAUGGCAAUUGGCAAGAUGAUGUGCGGCCUAUGGCUGGUGCGAUUUCCCCUCUCCCUCUCCACCAGCGGACUCGUAAGAGCCUUCGUCUCAUUCUUCUCGUCUCGGUAUCGAGCCCUUUUCUCGAGGUUUCGCCACCCGCGAAAGGCGAAUAGCUCGCCUCCAGCAAAAACUACAGUGCCUACGGAAGGAGUCGAGCUUGAGCCAGUUGCUGUCACCACUCCCCAAUCUAUUAGGGAUGGAAAGUCAGAGGGCGUCGUGGAUCCAUCAGGGGAAAUGCUACAGCGACGAGAAUCCCAAGCCGGAAAAGACAGCGGCUUACAAGAGACUGCUACGCCAGCAAAGCCACUCUCGCUCUAUCCAGCUGCUAUAGUGUCAUCCGCGAUGGUGGCUAGGGGUGAGAUCGGAUUCUUAAUAUCAGCCGUAGCGGAGAGCAAUGGUGUUUUCCGGCGGCCUUCAGACAGCGGCAAAGAAGGCGCUUCUGAGCUCUUCCUCAUUGUUACGUGGGCUAUCGUUUUGUGCACUAUUUUCGGGCCGAUAUGCGUCGGGAUGCUCGUCGGGAGAGUAAAAAAGCUCGAGGCGCGGGCUGCGAAGGCCGGAGAGAGGGGCACGAAGAAUGUGCUUGGGGUUUGGGGUGUACAGUAAGUGUGUUAGUAUUAGCUACAGUAGACAGCUACAAUAGACAGAAAGGUAGUCCAUGGC